UUUCACGAGUUUGAUUAAUUUGUUUACACGCGAGAAUGUUUUGGAGAAUCAGCUACUUUUUGUAGAACGAUAGUGAGAGCUUAUUAUACCUGUUGUCAGAAGCUGGUGAGGGCAUUUUCUCCACGUACUAUAUAAGUUAGAAGACGGGCAUUUCCCCAUACAUCAAGACCUCCCAACGUUCAGAUACAGUGCUUUUAAACAGCAAAGUUACCGAGCAAACUAUAGGGACGACGAUCUAGCCCCUGUGUCGACCAUGAGUGUUUUUAUUGCAGACCUCGUCCUCAGUUAUGGCCUGACGACAGCAGUCAGCGUCUUGGGUAUCCUUGGCAACUUGACGACUAUGCUAGUCAUGAGCAGGGCAGGACUGAGGGAUGUUUUUAACGUGACAAUCACAUCUUUAGCCGUGUGUGAUUUCUUUUUCCUGGUGACCCUCAUCUUCCGGCGAAUGGUUCACAUCAUGAAACUGCAGGGUGGAAUGCUGGGAAUAACGUUAGCAGCGUAUUCCAGAGCCUAUGGAUCAGCAGUCAGCGAUUUAUUCGCAGUGCUGGCAAUCAUGCACGUAUAUUUCAUAUCUGUCGAAAGAUUCUGCGCCGUGUUCUUUCCGUUCAAGAUAUCAAGAGUAUUUACUGUGAACAGAAUUCGAAUCUACCUUACUCUGUUGUACGUUCUGUUCUCGUUUUGUUUCGUACCGCGUUAUUUGCUAGAGAUCGUGGUCUGGGAGACAGACACCAGCUCCAACACGUCAAUGCCAAUCGUCAGAUUCAAUGAUCUCUUUCUCUAUGAUGAGAAGGUCCAGUACUAUACUUUGGCCGUGUACUUCACCCUUGUCAUCUCGGGAGAUUUCUUUGUGACGUUCAGCUCCGUGUCCAUCUCUCUACGUAUGCUAUCCAUCAGCAGAAAGCGAAUGGAAAUGAACGUCGGAACAAAUACCUCGCUGAGAACGGGAAAGACAUUUGUCGGAAUUUGCAUUGUUCACAUGAUUGUUCAGGUUCCAUAUUAUGUGGGGACUGUAAUAGUAACAAUAUUGCCAGAGGACUUUUUAAAUAGUGAAACCCAUUCUUUCUUAUACAACUGUAUUCACCUUUUAUCAAGUUUGAAAUCCAGUCUCAACUUUAUCGUUUAUAUUUUCCUAGCUCCAAAAUUCCGACCGGAACUGAAAUCACUUUUGUCAUGUCAUAAGAAAACCUGAUACGUCAGUCCGAAGACUGCUCUGCUCUGUAACAGCAGGCCACUCCUUUGUAAAAAGGGAGCGUAUACAGACCCGGUAACAGGGAACAAAGUCACGAAGUAUGCAAACCCGGUAGGGGUAAUCUUUUGUGAUUUCGGAAACUUUCAGCCCCCUCUUGGCUCAGGGUAGACCUUGGUUCUUUAAGAUCUAUGGUCAAGGUCUAGACUGACUGAAAUAUUCUCCCCCACCAUCUCUUUCUCUCCCUCUGUCUCUCUUUCUCUGUCUCCCUCUAUCUGUCUGUCUCUUUGUCUC